GAUGAGUACGGAGUAGUGGCCAUUGGUUGGGAUGAGUACGGAGUAGUGACCAUUGGUUGGGAUGAGUAUGGAGUAGUGGCCAUUGGUUGGGAUGAGUACGGAGUAGUGGCCAUUGGUUGGGAUGAGUAUGGAGUUGUGGCCAUUGGUUGGGAUGAGUAUGGAGUAGUGGCCAUUGGUUGGGAUGAGUACGGAGUAGUGGCCAUUGGUUGGGAUGAGUACGGAGUAAUGGCCAUUGGUUGGGAUGAGUACGGAGUAAUGGCUAUUGGUUGGGAUGAGUACGGAGUAGUGGCCAUUGGUUGGGAUGAGUAUGGAAUAGUGGCCAUAGGUUGGGAGGAGUACGGAGUAGUGACCAUUGGUUGGGAUGAGUACGGAGUAGUGGCCAUUGGUUUUAGCAGUUAGUAGAUCAUUAGUGAGUUUUAGUAGGGCAGUUUCAGUGGAGUGGAGAUGGGUCUUAAGUUGUUCAGGUUGGUGGGGUCCAGGGAGGGCUUUUUAAGUAUGGGAGGGAGGGGAAGGCACCAGUAGAGAGGGAAAGAUUGAAGAUGUGAGUGAGGGAGCAUAGGAUGGAAGAAGAGGGUGACCGUAGUAGUUGUGAGGGGACAGGAUCCAGGGGG